AUGACAGACACAAUCGACGAGCGUUUGAUCGAAAGUGUUGACAAUUUAGAGCAGUAUCUUAGCGAUCAGGAGGCUGCGAGCCAUAAGUUGAAGAAGGGAUUUAUGAUAUUGACAAAGGCCAAGCAGCGAUUACCCGAACACGCGUUAACCGAAAUUUCAUACCACGAAGAAUUUACGGCAUCCCGCGUCGUAGUGCUAGAUUCUGAUGGUUUUUGGCAGCUGCAAGAUGCCUCAAAAGGAAGUCUACAGAAAGUCAAAGAUAACGCGGUACGCAAUCGAAGAGCAAGCAAGAACGUAACCAAUGCAGAGAGCUCUCAAGCGAGAUUACACUUGGAUCCAUUGAUGUGGUUUAGCUCGUUGCCACCAAGCGACCUGCGUCAGGCGCAGAAGCAGUUUAUCAGCGGCUUACACGCAUUGCUGGUCGCUGCAGCAUCCGCGCAUGAAGUUCAAAAAGCAAUAAACGGUCUCGCUAGCGCGCCAUAA